UUUGUCUCCCCACAGAUGGAGAGGUCGCUGGAGCUGGUCAACUCGACUCGGGUCCAGUACUUCAUCCUCCUGGGCCUCUCCACCCAUCUUGACAUCCGGGCUGCCCUGUUCUUCAUCUUCCUCACCCUCUACCUGCUGACGCUCCUGGAGAAUGUGCUCAUUGUCUACCUGGUGAGCGCCCACAGUGAGCUGCGCAAGCCCAUGUACUUCUUCCUGGCCAACCUCAGCUGUCUGGAGAUGAGCUACGUGUCAGUCACCAUGCCCACCCUGCUGCUGGGGCUGUGGGCCGGGCCUUACCGCAUCCCCUUUGCCACCUGCAUGACCCAGCUCUUCUUCUUCAUCUCCCUCAUUUGCACCGAGUGCACGCUCCUGGCCUCCAUGGCCUAUGACCGCUACGUGGCCAUCUGCCGCCCCCUGCACUACCCCCUGCGCAUGCGGCCCCAGGUCUGUGUGGCCCUGGCCUGGGUCUCAUGGCUGGGGGCGCUGGUGGUCUCAGUGGCCAAGACCACGUGCAUUGCCAGCCUGUCCUACUGCGGCCCCAAUGUCAUCAACCAUUUCUUCUGUGACGUCUCCCCGCUGCUCAACCUCUCCUGCACCCACGUGGCCCUCACAGAGCUGGUGGACUUCAUCUCCGCCAUCGUCAUCCUCUGGGGGUCCCUUCUUGUGGCUGUGGCCUCCUACGUGGCCAUUGGCAGGGCUGUGCUGCGCAUGCCAUCGGCCGCUGCCCGGCGCAAGGCCUUCUCCACCUGUGCCUCCCACCUGGUGGUGGUGGGCAUCUUCUACUCGGCCACCAUCUUCAUCUACGCCCGGCCCAGCCGCAUCAAGUCCAUGGACCUGAACAAGGUGCUGUCGGUCAUCUACACGGUGGCCACGCCCAUGUGCAACCCCAUCAUCUACUGCCUGCGCAACAAGGAGGUGCAGGCCGCUUUCCACAGGACCCUGCGCGGGGCCUUGGGCUGA